AUGGCAGAAGUCAAGGUGGAUGUGGCCAGCAUAGACUGGCAGAAGCGUUGCCUUUCUCUGGAAACACAGCUUUUCCGCUUCCGCCUUCAGGCCAGCAAGAUAAGGGAGCUGCUGGCUGACAAGAUGCAGGAGCUGGAGCAGAGGCUGCUGGAGGCUGAGCAGAGAGCUGAAAAUGCAGAAACUCAGGUGGGUGUGAUGGAAGAGAAGAUAAAACUGUCCAAUCUGAAGAGCGUGGACUCCACAGGUAGCUUGCAUCAAAAGUACCAAGAAUUGCUGAAAGCCGUGCAAGGCAAAGACGAGCUCAUCAGCCAGCUGCAGGCACAGCUGGAGAAGCAGAAGCAGACAAGAGCUGAAGAAGCCAAAAUUGUUCAAGAAAAAGCUGCAAAGAUCAAGGAAUGGGUGACAGUAAAGUUAGCAGAGCUUGAAAUGGAGAAUCAACACCUGAAGACGUGUAAUCAGCAGCUAGUGGAGCAGGUGGCAGCCCUUCAGGAUGCUCUUGAGGAUCUUCGUAUGACACCUUCAGAGGAGCGGCUAGUCGCUCCUGAGGGAACCCCAGCGGAAGAUCCUGUCUCUUCAGGGCCAGGGACCCAGCCUGUGGAGCAAGACAGUAAUCCCCACACCCAAAUUUUGAAGGAGGCAGUGCCUACACCUUCUCUGGGUACCCUGCAGAGCAAGGACUUUCUGUCAGAAGCCAGAAGUCUCGAGGAUUUAAGUUUCACCAUGGUCCAUCCUGGGGAAAUAGCAGAGGCCAAGACCCUUAAAUCUCAUCUUCAGAGAGAAGACUCUCCCAGUCAGCAGUUCAUGAAGCCCGGCAGCCCCAAACAUGGGUCAGCCUCUUGCAGGGAGGGUCUGGUCACUGCUCAGGGAGGGACAUUCCCUGGGACCAAGAUCUCUGCCAGGGAAGGUGGUCCUGGGAGUAGCCUGACACUGCCAAAGGUGCGGGCUCCCAGCAUUCCCCGGGACAGCUUCCAGGUGGCCAAAAGGCACCAUAGUCAGCCCCAGGUGGGCCCUGGUCAUUUUGACCAUGUGGUAAACAUUGAGAUUGGGGCCCUGUCAGCCCUCCACUCAUCUGGCUUCUCCAAGGCUGAAGCCAGAGCUAAAGUCCGGGAAGAAGCAGAGAAGAUGGAGAUGGAGGAGCUUCCUCCAGCAGGGAAGCAGGAAGAAAGAAAGAGCCUAAAGUCCUGCAGAAGUGAACUGGAGGAAGUGGAACUGGAGAACAAGCCCCCUACACCCCCACUGCACCGGUUUCCAUCCUGGGAAAGCAGGAUCUAUGCGAUGGCCACAUCUGGCAUGCAGCUGUCAGAUGUGUCGUCCCGACGAAGUAAUGCUGCCUGCUGCGCUUUGGGGCCGCCUGCCCUUGCAUUCCCUGGAGCUUUCUCUGGCCUUGUCUACAAGAAUGUCACUGUGCCUGUCUACACAGCACUGAAGGGGAAAGCCACACAGAUCAGCACUGUGCCUUUUGUGGAUGAGUCUUCUGGGUCUGACGACGACUGCGGCUCUCAGGCGAGUUUCCGGAUGUCAGUGCCCUGCUCUGAGUAUAGGAAGACCAGUGGACUAGGCAGCCCCCGGGCCAUCAAGAGAGGGGUCUCCAUGUCCUCGCUGAGCUCCGAGGGUGACUAUGCCAUCCCCCCUGAUGCCUGCUCUCUGGACAGUGACUACUCAGAGCCCGAGCACAAACUCCAGCGUACGUCAUCGUACUCCACCGAUGGGGAGUCACUGGAAAAGUCAGGCUACCUGCUGAAAAUGGGGAGCCGGGUGAAGACAUGGAAGAGGCGCUGGUUUGUCCUGAGACAGGGACAGAUUCUAUACUACAAGUCUCCGAGUGACGUCAUCCGGAAACCUCAAGGUCAAGUAGAUCUGAACUCUCACUGCCAAAUUGUUCGAGGGGAAGAAGCACAGACAUUUCAGCUCAUCUCUGGAAACAAAACCUACUACCUAACAGCAGAGUCCCCCAGCCUCCUGGAAGAAUGGAUCCGUGUCCUACAGAGCCUGCUUAAGGUGCAGGUCACUGGCCCUCCGGCCCUGCAUCAAGGGGGCACUAAGCCUACUGUGAAGGGCUGGCUGACCAAGGUCAAGCAUGGCCACUCCAAGCUGGUCUGGUGUGCCCUUGUUGGGAAAACCUUCUACUACUACCGGAGCCACGAGGACAAGAGACCCCUGGGCUGCCUACCUGUGCAGGAGGCUCACAUAGAGGAAGUAGAUCGAUCCUGUGACUCAGACGAAGACUAUGAAGCUGGAGGAACUGGACGCUUGCUGUCCUCGCACUGCACGCUGGUGAUCCACCCACCAGAGCACAGCCCCACCUACCUCCUCAUAGGCACCAAGCAUGAAAAGGAUACAUGGCUUUACCACCUCACAGUGGCUGCAGGGGGCAGCAGUGCCAAGGUGGGCACCGUCUAUGAGCAGCUCAUUGGGAAACUGAUGGAUGGUGAGGGCAACCCAGACUCCCCGCUCUGGAGGCACCCCAUGCUGUGCUACAGCCAAGAAGGGCUAUGUGCCUCCCUUACCACCCUGCCCUCUGAGGCUCUGCAGACGGAGGCCCUCAAGCUCUUCAAGUCCUGUCAGCUCUUCAUCAAUGUGCCAGUGGAAGCCGCCUCAGUGGACUACCAUGUGUCCCUGGCUCAGACAGCACUGCAGGUCUGCCUCGUUCACCCUGAGCUACAGAGUGAGAUCUACUGCCAGCUCAUGAAGCAGACCAGUUGCCGCCCACCUCAGAAGUACUCUCUUAUGCAGUGCUGGCAGCUCCUGGCUCUGUGUGCCCCACUCUUCCUGCCUCAGCAGCACUUCCUCUGGUAUGUCAAACAGCAGCUUCAGCGCCAUGCAGACCCCAGAAGUGAAACUGGCCAGUAUGCCAUAUACUGCCAGCGAGCCGUGGAGCGAACCCUGCAGACAGGAGAACGGGAGGCCAGGCCAUCACGGAUGGAAGUAGUGUCCAUCUUGCUACGAAACCCCUUCCAUCACUCCUUACCCUUCAGCAUCCCUGUGCACUUUGCCAAUGGGACUUACCAGGUGGUUGGUUUCGAUGGCUCCUCCACAGUUGAUGAGUUCCUGCAGCGGCUGAACCAGGAGACAGGCAUGAGGAAGCCCUCCCAGUCUGGCUUUGCCCUCUUCACAGAUGAUCCUUCUGGCAGGGACCUGGAACACUGUCUUCAAGGGCAUGUCAAGAUCUGUGACGCCAUCUCCAAGUGGGAGCAAACGCUGAAGGAACUGCAUCCUGGAAAGUCUGAGGGUGGGACACGAGUCGUGAAGCUGAUGUACAAGAACAGGCUGUACUUCCGAAGCCAAGUCAAAGGGGAGACAGAGAGAGAGCGUCUGCUGCUUGCCUUCCAAGUCAGUGGAGAAAUCGUGGCAGGAAGAUUUCCAGUCACCAAGGAACUGGCCCUUGAAAUGGCUGCCUUGAUGGCCCAGGUGGAGUAUGGGGACUUGGAGAAGCCUACGCUGCCAGGCCCUGCGAGUACACCUCCUGCCAAAGCUCAGCAUCUCCUCCAGCAGGUCCUUGACAGGUUUUACCCAAGGCGCUAUCGAAACGGAGCACCCCCUGAGCAGCUGAGGCACCUGGCAGACAUGAUGGCCACCAAGUGGGCAGCGCUACAAGGAUGCUCCCCUCCUGAGUGCAUCCGCAUCUACCUGACUGUGGCUCGGAAAUGGCCUCUCUUUGGUGCUAAGCUCUUUGCUGCUCAGCCUGCCCAGCUGUCUUCUAAGGAGAACACUCUGGUGUGGAUUGCUGUGAAUGAGGAUGGUGUCAGCAUCCUGGACCACCGCACUAUGCAGGUGAACAUCACUUAUCCCUACUCUUCAGUGACAACGUUCGGUGGCUGCAGGGAUGACUUCAUGCUUGUGAUUAGAUCCAUUCCAGACCAGAGCUCUGGAAAAACCCAUAUUGACAAGUUGACCUUCCGAAUGCCUGCUCCCAAGAUUACAGAAACUACCUUAAUGAUGGCCAGUUACAUGAACCACUGUUCUGCAACUCUGAACCUACCAGCCAAGCUCCCUGCAGCCCACCAGCCCCGAGACCUGGAUGGACAGUUCUUUGCUUCUGUUUCCUGCACUAAGGGGUCAGCUUUGCUGUGAACGUUUCUUCUCCCCAUACCCUUGCCACCAUUGGUGCCUCUGGGAUUAGAUUUAUGUCCUGGAGCAUACUACUACUGUGAUGGGUCUAAUGGCCCCCUCCUCAAACUCUUGUGAAACGUCUAUUUCAGGGUCUCUUGAAACCUUUGUGUCCUUUAGGUGCCUUAUCUUUCAAGGCCCAGUGUUUUAAGAUUCAGACCCAACAUCAAAACCACUAUUUCUUUUACAAGAAUACUGACUCUGGAUGCUACCUGAUUCCAGAUUGAGACAGGGAUGGCCCACAGUUACCAGGGCAAUGGUACUGUAUUUGGGGCUUCUGCACUGAUACUCAGGGGAGCUCAUCAUUUUAUAUUGUACAUGGUCUUUCCGUGGGGACUUAUACUUGAAGUUUUCUCAACAUCCCUGAAUAAAAUAGGACUAAAAUUCCUAAUUCACCUAAACUCCGGCAAAUGCCUACAAAUCUCUAAAAUUGGACUUCUUUCCCAAAUGGGAAAAACACUGGCCAAGCUGGAGAAAAAAAAAUGACGAGGCAUUUGCCAUGCCCCUCCUGGGGCAGCAGCUCUAGUCUUUUCAGGACACCACAGUAUUCCUGUCAAGAUUAAAGCGUUUUCUCUCACACUGGACUAGCACAGGCAGGGACAGAGCCAGUCUGCACCCUUCCUGUGUCAUUUUAAGGCCUAACAAGGCUCAGUGAAAGCUGUGCUCACUACUGAAGGACGAGGUGGUCAUCUCCCUACUCUCUCAAAGACCAAGCACAUGAAUUUUGCUUGUUGCUGCUCUAAGAGGCCACCAGACACAAGACAGCAGGAACACUAAAGACCCUUCCAUUCUUGGAAGGCCUGAAUUGCUCACCAAGACUCUUUGUAGAUGGCUUCUCAAAAUUAGUUGGAUGCAUAGGGCAUGUAUAUAUCUGCCCUAGUAAUAUGUGGAGAAAGUUUCUUUCAACUUUGCCUUCCUGAGGAUAUUAUAAUCCUUCUCAACUCAAGCCUUCUCAUUGAUUUUGGUGAAGAUGAUCUUUAUUUCUACCUUUCCCCACAAAAAUAAUAAUAAAGUUCAUACUUUGGUUUUCCAACAUAUAAAAAAAUAAGCUUUAUUAUGUAGCUUUAAGGCAGUUUUAUUAUUUUUCAGUAACAUGGACUAGGGAAUAGGAAGAGUAUCAAGAAAUAAGCCUUUAACCCAACAAUGUGUGUGUUGUACACCACAAGAAACUGCAAAAAUUAGUUUGUCGGAAUGCCUCAGCUGCUGUAAUCUUUCAUCCUUUGAACUGACAAGCUGGAGUUUAAAAAGGCACAAGAGUCUGCCCCUUAAAAGAGCUUGACUUGCAAGCCAGGCAGCUUUAUAGCCACUUCUGUUUGCACCCCAACUCCUACCCCAGAUUUGGGGUUCUAAUAGAGACAGGUCUACCUCAAGUCACAUCACUAAAGGCUCCUGGACAGCUCCGUCAAGGCUAGGUGAAAGGCAGAGAAUGCAGUUCUAGGUUUACAUCCCAAGGGCCUUAAAGCCAGUAAGGAUGUAGUCUGUUCUCAGGUUGGUUUUGUUUUGUAAACAGAAUUCCAACUAAUGCAACUGUUUGUACUAGACUUGAAGGUCAAAUUAGCUGCUGCUGCUGCUGCUUCUUCUCCUUCUUCUUUUUUCUUUUUCUUGCUCUCUUUUUGAGACAGGGUUUCACUAGGCAGCCCUAGCUGUCCUGGA